AUGGAACCUGGUUCGAAGGCAGAAAGAUUAGUGCUGAGUUUUCCUGCUACCGGAGAAAAUUAUAGUAGAGCAAUACAGCAGUUAAAGGAAAGAUUUGGCCGUGAUGAUCUACUGGUGCAAGUGUAUGUUCGAGAUUUAUUGAGACUAGUUAUGAAAAAUGCUGCCACAGGACGGGGGAAGGCUGAUCUUCCAUCCCUCUAUGACGAAUUGGAAGGAAAACUUCGUGCGUUGGAAACUCUUGGACGAACCAAAGAGAAGUAUGGAGAUUUCUUGACACCUUUGGUUGAGAGCUGUCUGCCGGAAGAAAUUUUAGUAACAUGGGAAAGAAGCCGUAACCAUGAUUUAACCGAAGAUAAGAACUGUCGCACUUUAGAGCAGUUAAUGAACUUUCUUCGCCAAGAAGUCAAUGGAGAAGAAAUGGUUCGCCUCGCAAGAACUGGCUUCGGCACGAACUCAAAUUUGCGCAAACGAGAGCCCACAACUGAGAAGGAAAGCGACCUAGCGACAGCUGCAGCGUUAAUUAGAAAAAGAGGAAUCAACAUGGCGGCGACGUAA